AUGGUACCAUCAAAGAUCAAGUGGCGUUAUAUUGAAGAGCUAUCGGGUGAAUAUGCGUCCGACAGGUCCACGCUGGCCGUCAUCCUCGUCUUCACCAUCGUGGUGGACAUCCUGGGCAACCUCCUGGUCAUCCUGUCCGUGUAUCGGAACAAGAAGCUGAGGAACGCAGGGAACAUCUUCGUGGUGAGCCUGGCGGUCGCGGACCUGGUGGUGGCCGUGUACCCGUACCCCUUGGUGCUGACGUCCAUCCUGAACGACGGCUGGACCCUGGGCUACCUGCACUGCCAAGUCAGCGGCUUCCUCAUGGGCCUGAGCGUCAUCGGCUCCAUCUUCAACAUCACGGGCAUCGCCAUCAACCGCUACUGCUACAUCUGCCACAGCCUCCGGUACGACCGGCUGUACAGCAACAAGAACUCGGUCUGCUGCGUGCUGCUCAUCUGGGUCCUGACGCUCGCGGCCAUCGCGCCCAACCUGCGCAUCGGGACCCUGCAGUACGACCCGCGCAUCUACUCCUGCACCUUCGCGCAGUCCGUCAGCUCCGCCUACACCAUCGCCGUGGUGGUCUUCCACUUCCUGGUCCCCAUGGUCAUCGUCGUCUUCUGCUACCUGCGAAUCUGGAUCCUGGUCCUGCAGGUGCGGCGGCGGGUGAAACCGGACCACCAACCCAAACUGAAGCCGCAGGACUUCAGGAACUUCGUCACCAUGUUCGUGGUCUUCGUGCUGUUUGCCAUUUGCUGGGCGCCCCUGAACCUCAUCGGCCUCGCCGUGGCCUCAGACCCCGCCGGCAUGGUCCCCAGGAUCCCGAACCAGAACUUCAGGAAGGAGUACAGGAGGAUCAUCGUCUCCCUGUGCACAGCCAGGAUGUUCUUUGUGGAGAGCACCAACGAUGGCGCAGGCAGGGUGAAAUGCAAACCCUCGCCGUUAAGGACCCACAAUCAUCUCAUAAAGGUGGACUCCGUUUGA